ACAGUAUCUGAGGAGGAAGUAAAGCAGGGCGAAAAUCUGUCCAAAGAUCUGGGCUAUGUCAACCAAAAUCUGACAUCCAGGUGAGACAAUAGCACGUACGAUUUUUCUCUUCAACUCAGAACAAAGACGGUGAGGAGUUCAGUGGGAGCAAAGUGACAACAGUAAGUUUUUGUGGACGUUAAGGAGAGAUAAGCUUGUGCCACGUACAAGGUUACCGUUUGCGCAAGCCUUCGUGGCUAGCGUUCUAACCAGCCUACCUAUACACAAACAAUAUGGCUACCAUAGAGAUGACAACUAUCGCCGAGGAGCCCGCUUUGAGUGGCAACGAUUUGGAGACGGACCUGUCAGAGGAGAAAGACGUCAGUAGAGGUUCGAUAGACGAUAUUGUACGCAAGUACAGUCGAGUCAAGACGGACAACAACGGAAAUACAGGUGUAAAAGACUUGUGGUCUCCACCCAGCCGUCCACCAGACGGGCUGACCGGAGAACAAUUUUCGUUAAAUAGGGAGAGUAGCACUGAAACGGACAGUGGGCAUUUUGAAGACCAAGCGACAAACGCCAUGGAAGAGGAGAGGCCUGUUCCGACUGCUUCAAACGGAAGAGACGUUACGGAAAACUUGGACGAAGGAGAGAACUCCGAGGCGACCACAGAGAACCAGAGGCACUCUUCACCAGACUCUGAGCCCACAGCGUCCUCUUCGCAACACCAGAGCAAUGCCGGCACCUUCACCGAACAAGACGGUGACCAAAAUCUUCCGGGAGACAAAGGACCUCCAGCAGAUGAACCAGAUUCAGUACCGAAUGGGCAGGUUCCAACGGGGAAUGAGCAAAUCGAUGUAGGUCAUGAGACAAAUGUUAAAGUCCCGCUAGGCUCCACACACAGUCUGCGAACACCGGCGGACCAAACGACGAUCCAACAAGGAAGUUCACUGGGAGAAACGUCGGGAAGGAACCUGUCAACGACAAGACACGACCGACCUAGCUGGCCUGGAGGCAGCACCAACACGGACAAUUCUCAGCCAGGAACUUCAAGAGAUCUCUUCGAUAACCCACAGGCAGCAACUACGAACAUGCCUGCCGAUUGGGCCGCGAGACUGACAGUCAGUAAUGCUGUCACCGCAGAAAGCAACGAAAGUGACUCGAGCGAGGCAGAAGAUGGUUGUUCUGGAUACUUGAGGAAAGCGCUGCGUCUGAGUGCGAUAGCGUUUGUGUUCUUGGUUGUUCUCUGUUGCAGCGUUUUUAGCAAGCUCACUUUGUUCUACUUGGAACUAAAGUUGAACGACGCUCUAAAAACUCCGGCAUCGAGUUGUGAUCCUGUAGAUCCAGUUGUGAUCUGGCUGGCCCUGCUCAUAGGGAUCCCGUACGCGAUCACGUUGCUCAGAUGUGUCUGGAUCUCGCUCAUGAACUGGAACUACGAACCGAACCCAAGUCGACGCCACAUCAUUCUGGGUACUCUGUUGGCCGUGUUGGAGGUUUUGUCUUUAUCGUUGCUCGUUCUCUGGGCUCUGCCUGCGUCUCCUUCAAUCGGACUCAUUGUUGUGAACCUAGUCUUUAUGAACAGCGUCCUUACGAAGUCAGUUCACAGCUUCAGAGGAGACAACAAUGGGAAGAAGAGUAAAAUCAAAGGCAUCUCUUUCUCUGCACUGUUCGUCAUCAUUCUGGGUUGUCUCGCGACAACGUUUGUACCAGAUCAACACUGGUCAAAAGAGCUACGGUGGGACAUCUUGGUCUCAUUCGCGUUGCUAGCCGUUUCCUGGACUCCAGUUCUCCACAAGCUCUCUGUUUCAAAGGACAACACCGUGCAUCCUUACGAUACGGAACGCGGCAGCACGAUUGGCCCAAACAAGACUCAGAACAACACGGCCUGCUGGAAGCUUGGCAUCAUUACCAACUUCGUAAAAUGUCUGAUCUGGGCUCUCGCUGUUUUCCUCUUCUACCCUUUGAUGAGAGGACAGGAUCCUCUUUGCAUCAACUGGCACAUCCCUCCUGUCUCCAUCACCGACGACGUGUUUGUAUCUUUCCUCGCCAAUGGGAUAUUUGGCCUGUUUGGGUACGCCUUCGCUAUCCUCGCGUUGAUGAUGAAGAUGCAGACCUUUGGUUUUCUCCUGCCCAUCUUCCUGUCUAACAUGACGGUCAGUUUGUUUCUCAUCAUCGGCAUCCACACUCCGCUGUGUGCUAGCAUUCCGCCAGUACAAGAACUUGGCCUCUGUAAAACGGAGAACUGGGAACAAUGGGGUUGGACAGUAGUAUCUUCAGAAAAAGGGGGAUGGACGCCCUUCACCGCGUGCAGCGUGGUGUUCGUCCUUACCAUGAUCGGGAUGAUCGUGCAAAUGUACGACGUGUGGAAAGUACCGACAAUCGUCAUGGAGAAAGAAUCGAAGAUUGCCAAAGAGAUGAAGCAGCUCAUGAAUUCCCUGUGGGACAUCGCAAAGACCCAAACAGAGAAGAAAAUUGAGGAAUCCAAGGUAGAGUUCGAGGCACACAUCUUCUUUGACGACGGCUACAAGAACGGCCAAGUCCAGGACUUCGCCCUGCAGCUCCUGUCAAUCAUCGACAGCAUGGGCGACAAGGGUGGGCCUAGUUUGAUCGAAACCUGUGAAAAAUGGCGGACUCCGUACGGUCUUCAGCUGCAAUGGCAUCUCCCCUCGUUGGAGGGUGCUGAGGACGUCGGAGGGGGGAUGAAGUUGAUACUUCAUCUGAAGGACAACACCAAGGUGAAGAACAAGAAGCGGUGGAGUCAGGUGAUGUAUAUGUCGUACGUGUUGGACUACGCCCUUGGAGGUCAAGCAAGGGAACAGCAACAGAUGGACGACCGUGACACGUACAUCCUGGCGACGGACGCAGACGUGAAGUUCACGCCCGAGUCAGCCCGGGCCCUGCUGGACCUGGCGCGUAGGGACCCCACGGUGGGGGCGGUCUGCGGCCGGACUCAUCCCCUGGGGUCGGGGCCCAUGGUCUGGUACCAGAAGUUCGACUACGCCGUGGGCCACUGGUACCAAAAGACGGCCAACAGUGUGCUGGGGUCCGUCCUCUGCUGCCCGGGUUGCUUCAGUAUUUACCGGGCCGAGGCGUUACGGGAAGCCCUGGGGACUUACGCCGGAGGAGUGUCCGAGGCCAGGGAGUUCCUGAUGAAAGACAUGGGGGAGGACAGGUGGCUGUGUACUCUUAUGGUGAGUAACGGCUGGCGGCUGGAGUACACGGCUGUGUCCGAGGACAGCACCUACUGUCCGGAGGAGUUCGGAGAGUUCUACAACCAGAGGAGACGGUGGGGACCGUCUACUGUCGCCAACCAGAUUGAGAUUCUUGAGAAGUACUUUGGGAACGAGAUGCGGCGGGACAGCGUCUCGUUCCUGUUCAUGGUGUACCAGGGUCUGCUGUUCUUCUCCGGACUGAUCGGUCCGGCCACGUGUGUGCUCAUCAUAGCAGGCGGUUUGCAGUUCUUCAACUACGAGACCAAGGGUGCAGAAGCCAAACCAACAUGCAUCAACGGGACGGUCCCUACCGAAAAUACCUCGACUGGGGGAGGUUCUGAAGCCCAGGCAGUAUCCAUAACCAUUGUGGUUGUCCUUUCCCUCGUGUCCCUGCUGUAUGGCAUGAUCUGUCUCUGCACCUCCCAGAAAUUCCAACUGAGGGUGGCCCAGCUCCUGUCCCUAUGUUUCGCCGUGCUGAUGACUCUGGUGUUGGUGUCGCUCAUAGAGGAGACAGUCGUGGAAUUUAUCUCACUGAUCGACGACUUAAAUAAUGGCUGCAGCCAUUUCCCCAGCAUCAGCACCAUGUACUUUCUGGCGCUGGUCGGGAUGUACGUCAUCACAGGACUGGUCCACUUCAGGGAGUUUCCCAGCCUGCUCUACGGUCUGGUCUACUUCCUGGCCCUUCCUACAGGUUACAUCCUGCUGACGCUCUACAGCGUCUGUAACCUCACCGACAGGACAUGGGGGACAAGAGAAGGCAGCUCGUCUGGACAGUCUGCAGACAAGAGCGCGACCGAAAUUAUAUCAGACUUUUUCGCCAACAUGUGCGGGUGCUGCCAAAGACCAAACCAAGCAGUCCUGGAAGUGCCUCUUCAGGAAUACGAGGAAGAAUGGGACUCAGACAGUGAAGACGAUGCACCCGAUUCUUUGACGACGGUCGAAGGAGAGCUAGAAACACCCAGAACCAGGAGACGUACAACAGUCGCAACCUACGCAGGUCACAGAGUUUCAGUAGUGUCCAACAAGAGAUCCGUGAUAUCCAUGGCUCCUGAAAUGGCACGGCCUGUUCCUGUCAUCAGGUGGCUCCGAAAAGAACUUCGAGAGAAGGUUUUCAUGACGUAUGCGGACAAGUUCCUAAAGGAAGGGUACGAAGAUACUAGCUACAUCGCUGGCAUGACUAAUGAGGACCUGAGGAACAUCGGGAUCGACACGGACUUUCACAGACAGAGGUUAUUGACUGAGAUCCACAAGUUGACAGAAUUCGUGCUGGAAACCUCUGUGCCUAACAACGUCACGGAAUGGCUGAAGAAGCUGCACCUAGACCAGUACACACAACAGUUUAAAGACUACGGUGUCAACACUAAGGCUGACCUAGCCUGUCUUCGCAAGACCGACCUGAACAGACUCAUGGAGGACCUGAAAAUCACCAAAAAAGGACAUAUCAAGAGGAUCAAAGCAGCCAUCGGCGCAAUGACAGAACCGGAUGAACUUCAAAAAGACAAAUAUCGAGUCAAGAGGAUCCUCAUGAGAAGAGGCUGUAAAAUUAGAGACCUGGAGGAGAAAGAUGACGACGGAGAGGAAGAGUCUCAGUUCUGGGAGGCUCUGAGGGACAAGAAGUUGAACCCUGACCUCGGAAUGUUCACCUCUGACGUAGAUCUGAAGGCGAAGCUGGUCGGUCUGAGAAACUCUGCUCUGGUCGUGUUACUGGUAGUGAACGUGUUGUGGAUCACUAUUAUGAUGGUUCUGUCCAGCCGGCCCGCCCUCCAAGUCCUGGGACAGAACCCCAUGGGUUUCCUCUCACUUGCAGUCUUCGGACUGGUGCAGGUCAUACAGUUCCUGGCUAUGAUGUACCACAGACUGUUAACGCUCUUGCACGCUGUGGCAAGGCUGUAGUCUGCUAAUAAGACCAAGAAAA